ACUCAUUGCGCAGUCACGUGAUUACCCCCCACUAUAUAAGCCCAGACUCUGCGAGAGAUUUCAUUAUACGAGUGGCAAGUGUUGAGACAAUAAGUCGAUUGAAUUUCUUCCCCUCAGUCUCCACUCAUUUGAUCCAAUAUUUAAUACCACCGCUUAAGACACAUACCAUUCGCCAGUCAUCACCGCUUUAAUCACUGUAUACACCGCUUAAUAUACUGAUAAUAACCGCAAUCGUUGGCCAAUCACACGCGCACAGCAUGUCAUCCGACGACAAGACUACCGGUGCUAUGAGUGGUGGCGUUGAUGGUGAUGGUGGUCAUCAUCAGCCACCGCACCCGCCAUCGGGAGGUCCGCCGAUAGCCGCCACCAAACUGACAGUCAAUAUGAAGACCAAACCUAAGAUAACGCAAGCGAUGAAUGGCAACCAAACGGCGCUAAAGUCCCAAAACAACGGCACCGGUAGUCAGAACGGAGGGAACGGCUAUCGGGUGCUGAAACCCGAGGGCUACGUAGGAGUGGACUCAUUGCCGGAACAGUUUGUGUCGCGUAUAGUGAGGGACGGCUUCGGCUUCAAUAUCAUGUGUUUGGGACAGACGGGGGUCGGGAAGUCGACGCUAUUGGACAGCCUCUUCAACAUGAAGUUCCCGGACGUAAGCACUCGUAGCCAUAACAUCAGUGCUGUUGAUGUCACCGCCAAUUACUACGACCUCCAGGAGCGCAAUAUUAAGCUCAAGUUAGGUCUCAUUGAGAGCAAAGGCUUCGGCGAUCAGAUCAACAAAGGGGACUCCUACAAGUCAGUGGUAGAGUACAUCGACCAGCAGUUCGAGCGCUACCUCCAGGAGGAGCUGAAGAUCCAUAGAAAUCAGUCGCCGGUGAACGACACCCGCGUCCACAUCUGUCUGUAUAUGAUAUCACCCGUCGGUCACGGCCUCAGAGCCAUUGAUUUGGUGACAAUGCGCUCAUUGGCCGCCAAAUGCAAUCUGAUCCCAUUAAUCGCCAAAUCGGACACAAUUAUGAGACUAGAGUUGGAGAGACUGCGGGUGAAGAUCAUGUCAGAGAUUGUCACCAAUGGGAUCAAUAUCUAU